AUUAUGAUAUUUUAGUACCUAAAAUUUUUGGAUUUACAUAUUGAUCCAAUGUCUAAAGCCACUUGAGUUCAUGAUCGAAUCCACCAAUCCAUGAGUCCAAUCCAAUCCACCAGUUCAUCAAUCCAAUCCAAACGAAGCUGGCUGCUAUGCUCGGUGGCCGGUCAUAUAGCAUGGUGUGCCUAGAGGCGCUGGAGAGAUGAGAGAGGACGUGGCGUAGCCAUGAUUUUAUUUAAUGGGGUGUCGUAAAUUUUUUUUUGACAGAUGCAGUUCAUGUUUCAUAUCGUGAAAUUAUUCUAAAAUUCUACGAAUCGGCCAAACUAUCAAAGGAUUUCACUGCAAAAAAAUUUGUUAGCGACUUGUGCAUUGGAAACUGGUAGUAGUAAACAAAAUCAAUUCUCACAAGCAAGUACACUGACGAUACCUAAUUUUUUCUUCCGACUAUAGUUUGUUGUGGUUUAACGUAGAACAUUUGACGAUUGCCUCCUCCGCGCAUGUGAUCAUGGGUCUACCGAGCUGCAGCUAAUCGACAAUCUAGCAGCUGGCCGGCCAAGCGCUCUGUAGCGACUGUUACUUACAGUAGCGGUGAUGUUAUGUCACAGUCCACAAUCAAUUCUAGUCGAGCCCACACGGUCACGGCGCACCAGGAAUGCGUGCACAAAAGUUGAAUGAGAUAGCUCCUCCAACGCCGUGGUGAUAUGUCAGCCUCACGUUAGAAAACAAUUUAUGUCAGUUGGAUUCAAACCCAACCGACAGUGUAACAGUUCAAGGCCAGAAACGGCGACGUAUUUUGAUGGUGUCGUUCUCUGGAACAAGAACGCAAGGCUCUAAUUGCCAAGCUAUAUCUUUCACAACUGCUAGUGUCAAGAGCCAAACGAAUCAAGCGAAGAAGUCGCGACAAGUUUUCAAAAUGUACCGCAUACCACUUAUAACAUUCAACCACCUUUUUCUUACGAGAGGAUAUUGUUUGUUUUGGGUUCCGGCACAAUUUAAGGUGUGUUAUGGUAACUUCCACCAAUAAAUUACGCAUGUAUUAUCUACAAUCUGAGCACGUUAAACCUCAAAUUUGUUAUAAAAACUCAUUCUAUCUCACCUAAAACAAGGAGAAUAAAUAAAGUAUCCUUUUACCUAGGGAUUUCUUUACGGUACGGUCCAGUUAAAAUUGGCCCGAAUUGAUUCGGUUCUGGUCCGGUCUUUUCGAGAACAUAAGGACCAAAGAUUUGAUUGUAUACAGUCUGGUCUUGAUCCCGUCCGGUCCCAAUUCGGUCUUGAUUUUAAAUUGAGCUUGUGGGGAUUUGAGUGGUCUGUGGAGGACGGAUUUGAGUGGCUGAGGCAUGAAAGGGGUAAAGUCUCUAUAUAAUAUAUAUACCACAAGAGCUAAGUAGGCAUAUUUCAUUGUGUCUCCAAUUGAUUAUCCGAUGGAGAACCAGCAACCACUUCCGACGGAGUUGUUUUGGGAUAGUCGUCAUUACGAGGUCUGCAAGAUACAAGGAUUCUGGUACCUGGCCCGGCAUAUGAAAAGCAUAGCCGCCUUCAGAUCAGAAUUCGAGCCGAGGAAGGACGACAUUCUCUUGACAUCUUUCAUCAAAACAGGGACAACCUGGCUCAAAGCUCUCUGCUCCAACAUCCUCGACGAAGAAGAAAACGACGUCCUGGCGAAGGAGCACCCGCACGACGUGGUUCCCACGCUCGACACCACUUUCCUCCUAGACAAAGUCCAGCAUCUGCUGCUCCAUUCCCCUCCGGGUCGCAGCCGAUUGCUCCACACCCAUCUCCCCAGCAGUUACCUGCCGGAGAAGUUGAGGAGCUCGCCGGGAUGCAAGCUCGUGUACGUGGCGCGAAACCCCAAGGACACGCUGGUGUCGAUGUGGCAUUUCCUCAACAAGACCUCUAAAGCCGACCCGGCUAGCCCGUUCCCGCUGGAGAGAGCGGUGGAGGCCUUCUGCGGCGGGGUUAUGCCUUGGGGGCCUUUCUUCGAGCACGUGGUGGGAUACUGGGAAGAGAGCAAGAAGCGACCAGACGAGGUGUUGUUCGUCAAGUACGAGGACCUGUGUCGAAAACCGGAGGAGCAAGUGAGGAAGCUGGCUUCGUUUUUGGGCAGGAGAACGAGUGUAGAUGUGGAGAAGGUACUGUGGCAGAGCAGUUUGAACAGGCUUAAAGAGUUGGAGGUUAACAAGAACGGUGUCCGUAGUGAUGUUCCGCAUAUGCCCAAUUCCAUCUUUUUCAGGGUAGGAACGGUUGGGGAUUGGAAGAACUACUUGACUUCCGACAUGGCUCAGCGUAUCGAUAGCCUCACACAGGUUAAAUUGCAGGGGAUUGGUCUUUCUUUAGAUGACGAGUAGUUCUGUGUGUUGCCGGUUUCUUUUUGUUCUUUUAUUUCUGUUUUCAUUCUACUUCCCUUUAAUAAUAGAUUCUACUAUCGCGAAUCAUAGAGUGACUAACCUGUGAACAAAUAUGCUUUUGAAUGAUAUUAGAUGCCAACCUUUUUUAACGAGUUAUCACCAUAUUAACUACUACUAAGGGUGGGAGAGGGCCUGGAUCGGUUUAACCGAAAUGGUUUUAUUUGGGGUUUUCACGAGAGAAUUAUGCCAAAUCUACAACUGGAAAUUCGAUUGGAUUGAAAUCAGUUUCAACCGUAAUGAUCAUAUUGGAUUGAAAAUGGUCCGAUCUUAUUUUAACCGGUAAACCAAAUUAACACAAUUCGUCAUUCGCUUACUAAAACAUCAACAUAACUCUAUUGGCGACGGAACGGUUCGUCGCAAGAAGGCUUAGGUGACAUGUCAACGUUUGUCACGGGAAUUUUUGCAUUGGAAAUGUUCGUCGGUGAAGAUAUAUUUUUAGCGACGACUAGGUUAUCGCGUAAGUGUUCGCAAUUUUGCGACGGAGUAUCAGUUUCAUCGCCGAAAUCUUUGGUGACGGGGUAUACGUGUCGCAAUGUAAAGCACUUUCGUCGCAGUAAGUAUUAGCGACGGAUUUUCACAGCUUUCAGCGAUCGUCACUAAAAUGCAGAUUGUUGUAGUUAAAAGAAGCAGGUAAAACGAGGAAGUAGAAGUCGUUGUCACGUUUAGAAAAACUUGCACCCGCUUGAAAACAAUAAACAGACGUACGUGAGAUCGACCUGAAGGAUUUUCCCAAGAUUUGGUUUGGUCCCAUAUUGCCAUUUAACAUUUAAUUCACUAACAUUUAAUCUUGAUUCGUUUAACGUUAACUCAUCAAAAUCAUUAUCUAAUUAAUUAAGAUCAUGAUGUUGUUGGUCAUUGUAUUUUAGUUAUGUUAUUUUAUGUAUUUCAUUGAAUUUGACGGUCCCUUUUACGUAUUUUUUUCCCUUCUUGGUAUCUGUUAAAUAAAUCAAAAAGUGUUGACAAUCAUAAAAGUUAUUUUUGUGUGUAAUAAUUAAAAUUUAAUUAAAUAAAAGGCGUAAUGAUAUUAUUUUGUGUAAUAAUUGAGGGGUUGCAAUUAGGGGUGGCUAUAUGAUCCGGUCCAGUUAAAUUGGUCCGAAUUGAUCCGGUCUCAGUCCGGUCUUUUAGGGAAUAUAAGGACCAAAGAUUGGAUUGGAUACAGUCCGAUCUUAACCCGGUCCAGUCCCAAUUUGGUCUUAAUUUUAGAUUGAACUUGUGGGGAUUUGAGUGGCCUGAGACCUCAAAGGGUGAGGAGUUGGUUAAGUUUUGCGUGUUGGGGUCUCUUAUCCGAUCUUUAUCCGAUUUUCGAUCAGGUCGCAAACGGUUUUUACCUCAAAUCUAAGCCUGGAUAUGAGAUUGGAUAGUUUGCUAUUCGGUUUCAGUCCGGGUUAUACGGUCCAGUUUUACGUAAAACCAAACAGUCCAGACUAAAUAGCCAGCCCUAGUUGCAACUGUUUGAGGCAGAUUUAUUAAUCUAGAGGUCUCUUUCCGAAACGUAAAAUAUUAGAAAUAAUUUAUCAGCAUCGAAUGGUGAGGAUACAAAUCAUGGAUUGACUGGAAUUUGAAGUAUAGAGGUAAUGCAAAUUUGAAGCAUGAAUAGCAGUAGCAUGUAGUAGUGAUGCAAUUAACAUGCAUGGGUAAUUUUACCCAACCCAAGUAGACCAAUUGAAGUAUGGUGAAGCACAUAUGGGUUUGGAGGUUUGUAGAUAUAUUUGGUUAGAGUGUAGAUAUUGCUUUUGUAAUCUAAUUCAUUGGUACUCAAAUCCUAUCCAUCAUAAAUUUAAAGGAAAUUCAUUGUUUGCUUGUUUUUUUUUUUUUUUUGAAUCAAAUCUGUGAACUCGAUAAACUUAUAAAUCACAC